AUGAUAACUUCCAAUAAUGAAAGUUCCGUUUUUGUCCCCAAAGUAGCGAAUGCUUGCAACGGUGUGGAAUUCAGAUGUGAUCCGACAGAUCCUCAAGUGUACUACGUAUGUGAAAAUGGUGCAUGGAUCUAUCGAUCCUGCAUUGACAGCCUGGUGUGGGAUCCGUUCUUAUAUACGUGUGUUUUUGAAGACUCACCAGUGUAUUCUCCCUGUCAAGGAAGUUCAGAAACAAGGACAACGGCAAGAACACAGGCGAGGUCAACACCAGACACACAUGCAAGAACCACAACAGACACACAGGAAACAACAACAGACACACAGGCGACAACUACAACAGACAAACAGGAAACAACAACAGACACACAGGCGACAACUGCAACAGACACACAGGCGACAACUACAACAGACAAACAGGAAACAACAACAGACACACAGGCGAAAACUGAAACAGACACACAGGAAACAAAAACAGACACACAGGCGACAACUACAACAGACACACGAACGACAACUACAACAGACACACAGGAAAUAACAACAGACACACAGGCGACAACUGCAACAGUCACACAGGAAACAACAACAGACACACAUGCGACAACUGCAACAGCGACAACUGCAACAGUCACACCGGAAAUUACAACAGACGCGCAGGCGAUAACAACAGACACACAGGAAACAGCAACAGACACACAGGCGACAACUACAACAAACACACAGGAAACAACAACAGACACACAGGAGACGUCAACAUAUGACACAACAACAACCACAACAAAUACACAAGGUACAGUGACAUUUGACACCAAAUCAACAGUCACUUCUUAUACAUUUAGUGAGACAGCGUCAGUAUCGACAACAGAUAAUGCUACACAGAGCAUUGCUUCGACAUUUCUAAAUGGAGAGAUGUGUUCGUGCAACUGCACUGGUACUGGAUAUUUCAACAUUGGCGAUGUAGCCUUCAAAACACUGAUAAGACAAAUGAAAAAGCAAAUGAUUUUAGAUGUCACAUCCUUGACCUCAACACACCGAAAGAAAUCAUGUGCAAGGGACACACGUGGAUCAUCACAGUCAAUCGGAUAUGCAUCAACCUUGCUAGUUAUUGCACCUAUACUUUUUGUUUUGAUAAUGGACCUGACACGGCUGAUAUCACACUGA